AUGAUUUUACCCACGCCCGCCCAGUUGUCGGUGAUUAAUAGUUCCUAUGUUGCUGGUACCACCUUAAAGGUAGUUGCGGGACCAGGGUCCGGAAAGACGCUCACCCUUAUGCUUAAAAUAAAAGCCCUGAUCAGCCAAGGAAUUGUAAAACCCGAAGAAAUUUUAGUUUUGUCUCUUACGAACAAGGCGGUCGAUAAUGUUGUUAACAAACUUCAUGAAGUAUUCAGUGAGAACGAAGCACUGGGAGAGGGUCAGAAUGUUGAUCACGAAUUAGUGUCUCGAAUUGAUGUAAUGACCAUUCAUGGGCUAGCGAACCGGGUUGUGGUCGAAAAUCAAGGUCUCAUCAACAUCAUUGAAGAGAAUGGUUGGAGGGGUCUCAUCAAGUUGGUUCCUCCUCAGAUCCUAAAAAAAUAUAUUCCAAAAGGAUAUAAUCUUACUCCCAAACAGUUUGAACGUUUAUUUAGGGAAUAUCAAAUCCAUGGUAGGCGAAAACAUCAAGAUGUUGCCAUGGAGCAUAUCUUGAAUAUCAUGAAAGGAUCUAAAGUGGUUACAAAUGAUGAAAUGGUUAUUUUGGCAACCCGAUAUCUUGCGAUGGCUCGAAGCGACGCUCCAGAAAGCUCUUUCAGUACCUCCACUAGGGAUCUACUUCGUCAGCACAAAAUAGUAUUAGUGGAUGAAUUUCAAGAUUUAUUCCCUGCUUUGCUCCCUUUUUUGGAGAGCAUAUCUCAAGGUAAGCAACUUAUCCUCUUUGGUGAUCCUCAUCAAAGCAUCUAUGGCUUUCUGGGAGACAACAAAUCAUUAAUGCGAUCUUUAGAGAAUGCAAGGUCCUCGCACAAGCAAGAUACGUAUUUUCUGUAUGACAAUUUUCGGUGCACUCCAGAGAUCAGCACGCUUUCUUCUAAUGUGGUCAAAAACGGUAACUCGGAAAAUGCCCAUGACGUUUACUUUUCCAAGCCACCCAUGGGGCUAAAACCCCAAAGCGUGAAGAUGACAGACACCAACGCAGAGAUGGAAUUCAUCAUCAGCGAAAUCUGUCGAUUAGUGACGAGUUCGGUAAAGUUUUCUGACAUCGCGAUCCUUACCAGGACUAACUCGCAACUCAACACGGUUGCCGACUACUUAACGUCUUACGGGAUUCCUCUAGAGAAACUUACCUCGCAGCCAGACUGGAUGAGUGAUGCAAGGAUAAAGUUUCUAGUAGAUCUUCUCAAGGUCUGUAUACUGGUCAAUAAAGAGGAAACGUCGAAUAUAACAAAGACACAGCCUGGAAACUAUCAAAGUGACUUUAGUGUCAUCGUUACAAUGAGCUCCUCGGAUGGCUUGAAUAAUAAGACUAUACAAACAUUAUUCAACAAAGCGAAAUUUGCUGAUUUGUCUCUUUGGGCGGUUUUAUCUCAGAUAGAUGAUUGGCCCAUAUCGUCAGGCAACAAAAAAAAGAUCAAGGUGUAUGUCAAAGGUCUCCAGUCGCUUAUGGAUUACUUGAAGGCAAAUCCCGACUCUAGUCCAUUAGCCUUGAUUAUGAAGUUAACCGAAGUUGCAUCUAUGUUAGAGCUUUCUGGAGGUAAUAAGAAAGUCCCAGGAACUGCAGAGAAUUUCAAACGUCACUUGACGGAAAUGUUAGUUGUUUUGAAAGGAUGCAGGGCCACUAAGCCAGAGAACAUUUCUUUGGCAGAGUGGUUUUUAGAGACUCAUUUUGAGCAGAGCACCUCUUUCAAUCUUUUGACACAAGGGCUGAGAUCUGAUCUUGGUCGUGUAAGUAUUUCGACCAUACACUCCUCAAAGGGGCUAGAGUUCCCAGCCGUUUUUUUGUUAGGAGGUUCUAAUUCAAAUUUUCCAAUAGAGAAGAACGCUCUUUACGUUGCUAUCACAAGGGCUCGAAAUAUCCUAUACUUGAGUGAUAUCAAAAGCUUAACUUCUUCAGGUCGCGAUGAUAGCGCUCCUUUUCUACAACCUGGGACCUGGAAAUACUAUAAUUCUGAUCUCAAGAGACCUUACCGUCCAAGCACGUCAAUAAACCAUAGUAAUUUCAAAUUCCUAUUAGCAAAAUACGGUAUAAGUCCUCAUAUUAGGACCUUCAGCACUUCAGCGCUAAAAGUCACAUAUGCAUUGAAAUAUAUAUCCAGAUAA